GUUCGAGAUGUUUAUUGAUGUUGGGCACUAUGUGAGAGACAUUACCGCGUAUGAACCGCUGCAGGAGAAAAUCGCCAAAUUAACGGAGGAGGAAUUGGAUGUUCUCAGGGAAAGCAUAGAGACGGUGAACCAGAACCGACCUCCUCUGAGAGUGAUCAAUGGUUAUGCGGUUUUGGACCAUCUGGGCAGCGGUGCCUUUGGCAGCGUCUUUAAGGUCCGUAAACAGAGCGGACAGAACAUUCUGGCGCUGAAGGAGGUGAACUUUCACAAUCCGGCCUUUGGCAAGGACAAGCGGUCCAGAGACAGCAGCGUGGAGAAGAUUGUGUCUGAGAUGACCAUCAUUAAAGAACAG